AAGUGGCUCUAUCGAAGUGCUUUUGCAAAGAUAGAGGAAGACAGAAAAAGGAACCUUGCCAAUGAACAUUUAAAGACAGAAGAAACACGUCGCCUUUGGGUGUUUUGUAUCAAAGCUACGUGAUUUGUAUGAGUUAAAUCUGUGGAUUAUGUUAUCUGAACUGGGGCUGGCAAUGGAUAUGGCCCGAACAUAUUGAAUAGAUCUUUGGGGGAGCGAAACGCGGACAGGCUAGACAUUGUAGUGGGCAUUGUACGGAUAAAGGAUUAUUUGCCUACCCAAUAACUGCUCCGUCCUGAAAUACCCCCACCAAAGACACUUUCAUGGCUUUUCUGUCCGUGUCUCCGCCGUGUCUGUUUUGUGCCCGCAACACUAUUUUAACAAUUGAGGUCGCAUCGCUUUAGCUUUGCUCCCAAGCCUUACAAUCCAAAAACUACUAAAAGUAUAAUACAUUGUUACCUCUAGGAUCAUUUUUGCGACCUGAUAAAUAUGGAUUUUAACAGCAGCGGUGGGGGAAACGAGCUACAUAAUAACCAAUUCUAUCAAUCUGAGGAGAGCAAGCCUUUGCUUGGAGAGAUGUCUGCGCCGUUGCCGCCGGAGGGGAAUAAUAAUAAGUUAAGCGCCGGGUCGUGCAAGAGAACCCUGCUCCAUUGCAGCAGCGGGAUGCGAUAUAAACUACUACAGGAGGGUGAUAUCCAAGUGUGUGUGGUCAAACACCCUCGGACCUUCCUCAGCAAAAUUCUAACCUCAAAAUUCUUACGGAGAUGGGAACCGCACCACCUCACCUUGACAGACAGCAGCCUGGCGUCUGCGACGCCCACUGGGUACAUGGAGGCUGCCCUGUCCUACAGCACCAUAGAGGACCUGCAGCUGCUCUCCUGGGAUAACGCCCCCAAAUACUGUGUGCAGCUCAGCUUCCCUGGUGGCACCGUCCUCCUGCAGGCGGCCAACAGCUAUCUGCGGGACCAGUGGUUUAAUUCUCUACAGUGGAAGAAAAAGAUCUAUAAGUACCGUAAGGUUCUGAACAAUCCGAGUCGCUGGGAGGUGGUUCUGAAGGAGAUCAGAUUGCUGGUGGACAUGGCCCUGACUUCUCCCCUGCAGGAUGAGUCCAUCCACCAGGCCCCGCUGCAAAUCAUCUCCACCCUGCUGGCUGAGAACACUAACCUUAGCACUCAGGACCAUGAGAACAUCAUUGUGGCCAUCGCUCCUCUCCUGGAAAAUAACCACCCUCCACCAGACCUGUGUGAGUUCUUCUGCAAGCACUGUCGGGAGCGUCCACGGUCGAUGGUUGUGAUUGAAGUGUUCACCCCUGUGGUCCAGAGAAUCCUCAAACACAACAUGGACUUUGGGAAGUGCCCCAGACUGCGUCUCUUCACUCAGGAGUACAUCUUGGCUCUAAAUGAGCUCAACGCUGGGAUGGAGGUCGUCAAGAAAUUCAUUCACAGCAUGCAUGGCCCCACCGGGCAGUGCCCUCACCCCCGCGUCCUGCCCAACCUGGUGGCGGUGUGCUUGGCUGCCAUCUACUCCUGCUACGAGGACUUCAUCAACAGCCGGGACAACUCCCCCAGUCUGAAGGAGAUCAGGAACGGCUGCCAGCAACAGAAUGAGCGUAAACCCCCUCUGCCUCUCCGCCUGCUCCGCCCAGAGCCCCUGACACCCCCAACCACAGCCCUGCUGUCCCUCUCCCCUCCCCCCUCAGCUCCCCUCUCCCCUCCCCCCACACUGCCCCUUUCUCCUCCGCCUUCUAUCGUCAACUCCAGUGAGAUCCUGGUGGAGUUGGAACGCAACAACAACACUGCCAACGCCAGGCGGAAGGGCCAAGCGGGAGGUGACAGUGAGCCCAACCUGAUCGACUGUCUGCUGGUCAGCCCUGCCCUCAACGCCCUGUCAAUCCAGCUGCCUGCCCAGGCCGACUGCGUGCUUGGCUGCUUCGCACUUAUCCUCAAAAUGCUGUCUGACUACGAUGACUGGAGACCAGCCCUGGCUAGCCUGCUGCAGCCCAUCCCAUUCCCCAAAGAGGCCCUUGCACAUGCCAAAUUCACAAAAGAGCUGAAAUAUGUUAUUCAGAGGUUUGCAGAGGACCCCAGACAGGAGGUCCACUCCUGUCUGCUCAGUGUGCGCUCGGGAAAGGACGGUUGGUUCCAGCUCUACAGUCCAGGGGGUGUGGCUUGUGAUGAUGAUGGGGAGCUCUUUGCCAGCAUGGUUCACAUUCUUAUGGGUUCCUGCUACAAAACUAAGAAGUUCCUCCUGUCCCUGGCUGAAAACAAGCUGGGGCCCUGCAUGCUCCUGGCUCUGCGUGGGAACCAGACCAUGGUUGAGAUCCUGUGCCUGAUGAUGGAGUACAACAUCAUUGAGAACAAGGACACCCAGCUGCAGAUCAUCUCCACCCUGGAGAGCACUCAGGUGGGCCUGCACAUGUACGAGCAGCUGUGUGACAGGCAGAGGGAGCUCAAAGAGCUGCAAAGAAAAGGAGGCCCCACCCGACUCACUCUGCCCUCCAAGUCUACGGAUGCGGACCUUGCCAGACUGCUGAGCUCUGGCUCCUUUGGGAACCUGGAGAACCUGAGCCUUGCCUUCACCAACGUCACCAGUGCCUGUGCUGAACAGCUCAUCAAGCUGCCCUCUCUCAAACAGCUCAACCUGUGGUCCACCCAGUUUGGAGAUGCAGGACUACGGUUACUGUCUGAACACUUGGCGUGUCUGCAGGUGUUGAAUCUGUGUGAGACGCCCGUGACCGAUGCUGGCCUGCUUUCCCUCAGUUCCAUGAAGAACCUGUGCAGUUUGAACAUGAACAGCACAAAGCUCACAGCAGACACAUACGAGGAUUUAAAGGCCAAACUCCCCAAUCUUAAGGAAGUGGAUGUCCGCUACACAGAGGCCUGGUGAACACAUCCUGUAUGACAUCAUUAGAAUACCAACUCCCACAUCAUCCAAACAUGAGGAUUACCUGAUAUCAACAGAGCACAUAGUCUCCCUUACAUCAACAACAAGAGGAUCCUCUCCCAUCUGUAGAUGAGGACCCUUUUAUCUGGAGACGCCAUCAAAACGCCAGGACCUCUCUAGUAACAUCAUGUCAAGCGAGAAUUACUAUCUUUCUAGUGACAUCAUCAAAA